UGUUGAGAUCCCCCUUGGCUGGAGCUCCACCAUCUGAACACCGGAGCAUUUUUGGUUUCGUUUCAAGCUCUCACUGGGCAUAAUAGAAAGCUAUGCAAGAGAAAACUUUGUAAAUGGGCUUCGUAUGCAGAAGCCUUUUCUAUUGCAUUCAGGUCAGGCUAUUGAAACGGUUUUCUAAACGUGAUCCAAUGGAACUGCGUGAUUAUCAGUGGGAGGUGAUUGGGCCUGCUUUGGAAGGAAAGAAUAUAAUCAUAUGUCUGCCAACAGGAGCUGGAAAGACUCGAGCAGCUGUCUAUGUUUGCAAGAAGCACUUGGAGAGUCAAGAUAAGAACAAGGUGGUUGUGAUAGUCAACACAGUACCUCUAGUUGACCAACAUCUGAAGAAUGAGUUCAGUUUCUUACAAAGUCAAUUCCAAAUUACAUCUGUUUGUGGUGACAGCAUCCAGAAGCUAUUCUUCUCAGAUAUGGUAAAGAGCCACGACCUGAUAAUCUGCACAGCCCAAAUCCUGUAUAAUGCCCUCAACAACCAAGAAGAGGAAAUGCAUGUUGAACUGACUGAUUUCUCUCUAUUGGUGAUUGAUGAGUGUCACCACACUCACAAAGGAACUGUUUAUAACAAGAUUAUGGAGAACUACUUGGACCUCAAGCUGAAAGGCCAACAGGGUUUACCUCAGAUUUUGGGACUCACAGCUUCUCUAGGUACUGGGAGUUCAAAUAGCCUAGAAGCGGCUAAGGCCCACAUCCUGGAGAUCUGUGCUAACCUGGACGCUGAAAGAAUCAUGUCAAUUGAUAAACAGAAUCCCUCUCUUGAUUGUCAUGUCCCAUGUCCCAAGAAACAGUACGAUCUGGCGGAGCCAAGGUUGCAGGAUCCAUUUGGGGAAAAGCUCAGGGAGAUAAUGACCCAGAUUUAUACUUAUCUAAAUGUAUCUGACAUUACUGCGAACUUUGGUACCAAGUUAUUUGAGCAGCAAAUUGUGGCGCUUGAAAUGAAAGGAGCAAAAGAAUGUUGCAAAAAAACCCGAGUUUGUGCCCUGCAUCUUCGGAAAUACAAUGAUGCCCUGCUGACCAACGAAACCGUGCGCAUGAUUGAUGCCUUCAAUAUGCUGGAUGAGUUUUACCUCAUAGAACGUGCUACUAAGAAAUUAACACAAAGAAGCGAACAAUAUCUUUUCCAGCUCUUUGAUGAGAACAGGUUGUCUCUCUUGGGCCUUGCUAAAGACAGUCGCUACGAGAAUCCCAAACUUGGCAAGCUGCAACAAGUCCUGCAAGACCAGUUCCAAGAACUGAAGAGCUCACGGGGCAUUGUGUUCACCUGGACACGCCAGAGUGCCUAUUCACUCCAUGAGUGGGUCCUGGGUAACCAGGCUUUGCAGGCACUUGGGAUCAAGUCUGAUGUUCUAACUGGGGCUGGUUCCAGCAGUCAGACGAAACACAUGACGCAGCAAGAGCAACAAGAUGUUCUCCAUCGCUUCCGAAAGGGGCAACUCAACCUUCUUCUUUCCACUAGCGUGGCUGAGGAAGGGCUGGACAUCCCCGAGUGUAACAUCAUAAUCCGUUACGGGCUGAUAACAAAUGAAAUUGGCAUGAUGCAGGCCAGAGGCCGUGCCCGUGCCCCAAAUAGCAUUUGUUCUGUUUUGGCCAAGACCAACAGCAAGGAGGUGGCCCGUGAGAAGCUUAAUGAAAUGUUGGAGAUCCUGAUGGAGCAUGCCAUAAAAUGGGUGCAGGAGAUGCCUGAGGAAGAAUACCACCAAAAGAUUGCAAAAUUGCAGCAUGAAGCCAUGAUCAGCAGGAAAUUGCGGGAUGUCAAACUUGAGCAGCAGCGCCAGCUACAUGACCCAGACAGUGUACGUUUCUGUUGCCUAAACUGCAACCUGGCCGUCUGCCAUGCCAGUGACCUGCGCAAAAUAGAGAAUAUGCACCACAUCAACAUUAAUUCCAACUUCAGCCUGUAUUACAAAAAGUCACCUGAUUGUGUGGUGCUUUCCCGCGAAUUCAAAGACUGGAAGCCAGGCAGGUCCAUCAGUUGUGAUAAAUGUGGGCAGAUUUGGGGAAUGGAAAUGAUCUACCGGGAUUGCACACUUCCAAUGUUGGCCAUUAAAAAUUUUGUGGUGGAAACUCCCUUUGGCCGCCAGAAACCCAAAAAAUGGAACAAAGUUACUUUUGAAAUCAAGGCCUUUGAUUAUACGGAAUAUUGUAAUACUAGUUUUAAACUGGAUACACAAGACUUGGCGAUUAAAUGAAAAAUAAUUCAAAAUAAUGGAAUGUGCCCCUUUUGGCUAAUAAAUAUAGCCUUGUACAUUUUCCUUAUCUAGUGAAAAUUAGCAACCCCAUUGAAAAAAUGCUGAUUCAAAAUAAUUUGAAAUAGGCCUGCUGAACCUCUUCACACUAAUUCUAAACCCUGAAUGCUGGGGUCUUCUUUUUUCUUUAAAUGUAUUUGUGGGCUGGCUUGUCCCAAAAUAAAUGUUUGCUUUUUUUUAAAGGUACCUGGCUACAUAAUCAUUCUUCUUGUAUUAAAGAUCUGAAUUGAGUUGGGAAGACUAUGUGGUAUCCUCUUUGCAACUGGGGUUUUUCUGAAUGCCUUGAAAGAACACGAUUAUCAUUUGCAACAGUGACCAAAAUGGCAAGUUCCAAACAAAAUUCAUGCUUUUUAGGCUGCAAGAAUUGGGACUCAUUUUGAAGCAUUUCCGCAUCGUAAUUGGAGUAAUCCAACCUUCACCUCUUACACAAGACAUGUAAAAGUCCACAUAGCUAGUACUUAGGAUGCCUGCUUUCUCCUGAGGGGACAAGAGAUAAAACUCUUAUCAAUUUAUCUAUUUCCCUUAACUUAGGCUGAAACUGCCACCUAUAAGAAGGGAAGUAUUGUCACAAUCGGGAAAUUAGCUGUCCUUAAUCUUGUCAGAACUUAACUGGUGUCCAGAGACAACCAGAAAAUCCAUGUGAUUGUGUUGUUCUGAAACCGAUUCAAAACUCAGCUCAGUUAUGGAGGGGUUAAAACUCAGAGCAGAGCUGCUUUUGAGCACUCCCUAUGUGGAAAUAGCCUCAGAGUCACAAAGGCACUACAGGACUGGAAUGAAGAUGAACUAGAAGUUGGCUGGGGAGGGUUCCUGAUUUGGAAAAACAGUGUAUGAGUAAGAGAUGUUCGGAGAAUGAAGAGGAAGAGAAGGUUCAUACAGAGCAGCUUCACGGAAACGGAAACAAAGAUCCACCUGGAUUUCAAACAGGUCUAGUAAUCCGUGACAAAUCUGUGAAAACUAGGUUAUAUUUUGGGAAUACUAAACCAUAUGUAAGUGAGGAAGGGGUAUAACACAUAUUUUCCAUCUCUCACACAACGACCUAAUUGCAUGUUCUGCUACUUACAGCUUGGUUUCUAAAGUACAUUUUGCAAUACCUCAAUCCUAUCUGGUAAAUCAUUGCAUUCUUUUUUUUUAAAACCAAGUUUGUAGAUUGCCCCAAUUAAGAAGAAAAAAAACAUGGCAGUGAUCAAAUUUGUAAUUUUAUAAUUGUCAAAGCUUCUUGCAUCUCAAUUUAAAUUGUAUGACAUUAACAUAUUGUCAACUCGCAAAGCAUUCCUAGUCUGCUGUCAAGUUGCCAUGGGCAGGAAAGAGGGGAGGACUGAUGGAGCAGUUCAGCAGCCACAUUCAAAAGCACAUUCCACACAUAUCUUCUCCAAGGUUGGAUUUCAGAUUACCAGAGCCAUCGUGCCAGGCGUGGUUUCUACAGAGUGUGAAAGUGCUUCAUUGGAGAAUGUGAUUUAUGACACAGACUAAGAGAAGAGGGGGAACAGGGUCAGAGUUGAGCCGUAAAUUACGUGUGGCAGAGUUGACUUCACUCAGGAAGUUGCUGACAUGUUGCUCCUAAUAACUGGAUUUCUUUUGAAACUUGGCUCAAGGUUCAUGAGUUAAUCCGCAUUUUGUUCUCCCAACAGCCACUCUAUGAGGUGAGUUUUCCUGAGAUUAAUCUUGUAUAUAGGCCUUCCCAGUCUUAGUCCAAUAACAACAAUUAUUAGAUCACACUGAUGCUGCUGUUAUGCAGAGUAUAUUUUUAAAAAAUAAGAUAUUCUUGUGUCUUUUACC